AUGAAUAGACACUUAAGUAAGCUCAUUAAAAAAUCAUUUUCAUUCUCAACUAAACCCUCCCAAAACUAUACUAUGCCACAUCCCAACUGGAAUAAGCCAGAAUUAGAACAAGUUAGCCUAGAACAUAAAACUGCAAUUACCUUUGGAGAUCAUUUUGCCUACUACUUCAUUUAAUCAAUGAGACUUGGAUUUGAUGUUAUGAGUGGAUAUAAAAGGAUCCUUCCAUUUUAAUCAGAAAUAGUGUCUGAAAAGAAGUGGAUCAAUCGAGUUCUAUUUUUGGAGACUGUCGCUGGGGUUCCAGGAUUUGUAGCUGGAAUGCAUAGACAUUUUAAGAUCUUUGAGAGGAAUGAAGAGAGAUCAAGGAUGGAUUCAUACCUUAUUAGAAGAAGCAGAAAAUGAAAGGAUUCACCUGUUGACUUUUUUAAACAUUAAAAAACCCUCAUUAUUAUUUAGAACUGGUGUGGUUUUAGCUCAAACCUGGUAUGUUGCACUAUUUGGAGUUACCUACAUGUUCUGUCCUAGAGUCUGCCAUAGGAUUGUUGGAUACUUGGAAGAAGAGGCAGUUAAAACCUAUACUCAUAUGAUUCAUGAAAUUGAAAGAGAUGGUAGUCCAAUUCAUUCAUGGACUACUCGCAAGGCCAAUCAUCAUUCUAUCGAAUAUUGGGCAUUAGAAGAGGAUGCUACUCUAUUAGAUGUCGUUAAAGCAAUUAGAAAGGAUGAAGAACAUCAUAAAGAUGUAAAUCAUUACUUUGCUGACGACUAUACUUAAUCCAAACCAAAUCCCUUCCCUCCAGGCAAAUGA